GCAUUGGCUGCAGGUGCUCCACCGUGCAUUGGCUGCAGACCCCGCACACACUCCGUGCAUUGGCUGCAGACCCCGUACACACUCCGUGCAUUGGGUGGAGACCCCGUACACACUCCGUGCAUUGGGUGGAGACCCCGCACACACUCCGUGCAUUGGGUGGAGACCCCGCACACACUCCGUGCAUUGCUUGCAGGAGCCGGUGCCCCGGCGCUCCGGGCCCGGGCUGGCGAUAGCCGCUGUCAUGCGCAGUUAGCAUGCGGCGUUAACCCCUCCCGCCCUCCCCCGCCCUUCAUUUCCAUGGCGACCGAGGAGGUGGCAGCAGCAGCAGCGGCUCGCCGGAAGGCGCUCUCCCUGCUCCAGGCGGCCCGCUCCCGCUACGAGAGCUUGCAAAUCUCCGACGAUGUGUUUGGGGAGUCCGGCGGAGGCAGCAGCAGCGAUGACAACCCGUUUUACAGCACCUCGGCUGGCAGCUCGCAGUCCGACUGGGAGGAGGACGACGAGGAGGAAGAGCCGCCAGCGGCGGGCGGGUACAGGAGGCCCGCGGACAACGAGCGCCAGCCGGGCGAGGAGGAGGUGGCGGCGGGAUGGACGGAGCGACUGAAGGAUAUCGCCUUCCCUCCGUUCACUGACUCCACCGGUCCUGUACAUAAGAUGCCUCUAAAUGCAAGUGCAAUUGACUUCUUUCAACUCUUUGUCCCUGAUAAUGUUAUAAGGAACAUGGUUGUUCAAACAAAUAUGUAUGCCAAAAAGUACCAAGAAAAAUUUGGCCACGAUGAAGGUUGGAGUGCUGUUAGUCUUCCAGAGAUGAAAACCUUCUUGGGAUAUAUGAUUUCCACCAGCAUUCACCACUGUGAGUCUGUCCUCAGUAUAUGGAGCAGUGGGUUUUAUAGCAACAAAAGCAUUGCAUUGAUGAUGACACAAGCCAGAUUUGAAAAGAUCCUGAAAUACUUCCAUAUUGUAGCAUUUCGAUCCAGCCAGACAACACAUGGUCUAUAUAAAAUUCAACCUUUUUUGGAUUGCCUACAAAUGACAUUUGAUACAGCAUUCAAGCCUUCUCAAACCCAGGUACUUCACGAGCCACUAAUCGAUGAAGAUCCGCUCUUCAUUGCCACGUGUACAGACAGAGAAUUACGUAAAAGGAAAAAGCGCAAGUUUAGUCUCUGGGUGCGACAGUGUGCAUCAACAGGCUACAUCUGUCAGAUUUACAUUCACUUGAAAGAAGGAACAACCUCGGAUGGGCUGGAUACUUUGAAGAAUAGGCCACAGCUACACAGUCUUGUGGCAAGAAGCCUUUGUCAGAAUUUGACAGGGAAGAACUACAUCAUAUAUACUGGCCCCAGCAUUACCAGUUUAAAUCUUUUCGAAGAGUUUGAGAAAAAAGGGAUUUAUUGCUGUGGACUCCUGAGCACCAGGAAGAGUGACUGCACAGGAUUGCCACAGUCAAUGCUGGUUAACCCUGAGCCUCCACAUGUUCGGGGUCAUUACAGAGUGAGAAUGAAAAAAAACAUGUCAUUAAUCAGCUGGUCCAACAAAGGACAAUUCUACUUCCUCACGAACGCAUACUCUCCAUUUAAAGAAGGAGUCAUAAUUAGAAGGAAAAGUGGAGAAAUUCGCUGUCCAUUAGCAGUAGAGGCAUUUGCUGCACAUCUUGGUUAUAUCUGCAAAUAUGAUGAUAAGUACAGCAAAUACUUUAUAUCCCAUAAACCUAACAAGACCUGGCAGCAAGUGUUCUGGUUUGUACUCAGUAUAGCUGUCAAUAAUGCAUACAUCUUGUACAAGAUGUCCGAGGCAUAUCUGGUCAGACGCUACACCAGGGUACAGUUUGGUGAAAGACUGGUCAAUGAGCUGUUUGGAAUUGAAGAGCAUCUUCCCUGAGUGAUUUCUGCUGGCAAUCCUUGUACUGAUGUCAAAUUGUUGCACUGUAUCCACAGGGCUAAACCACAUCUCACAACCUUGUCCCAAACAUAUUUUUAAAUAAAAUGAUUUUUGUCAUCGCUGAGCUUUUACCUGAAAUCUACAGCACGCACGUCUCUAACUCUGCUCUGCCACCAAGCCUCAAGCCAAAGUGAAGACCAUUUGCAAGGAAUCUGGAGACGGGUACUGAAACGGGCGAUUGUAGAAUGAAUAGAGGGAAACCUGAUUGUAAUGCCUGAAUAUACCUGGGAUAACAACACAAGGUUGAUGAAUCAAGUUGUGGACCUAUUGUGGCUUUUUUUUUAAACUUAUGCGGGGAUGUGAAAUAUGCACUUUUGUAUGCCAAUUGUGCACGUGUGGGAAAUCAUAAAACCAUCAAGGAAUCAUUUCAUUGUUUUGCGGAAAAAAAAACCUUAACUAUUUCCAUUGUUACAUUCUUAAUGAUUUGCGCCUUUGAGUAUUGUUCGAUAAUGUCAUCGCCUAAUGAUUCCUCACUCAUAGUGCAAUCCAACAGCCCUGUUUAGAUAUUUAUAAUGAAAGGUUUAAUAUGCAUUCUGAAUGUUUACAUUGGACUAGUUAUUAAAUAGUGUUCAGAAUUCACAAUUUCUGCUAUGUACUGCAUUUAGCAAAUAGUGCACCAGAUAUAAAUUACAUUCUUUAUUCACUGAUUAUACUUUGUCACUGCAAAGUAGAAGUUGUUGCUUGGAAUACUAAAUCCCUAGAUCAUGUAUGUGGAGGUAGAGUCUAAACCAUAAGAUGACAAUCUUUCCUUAGGGGGCCUUGAAGUUCAAUUCCUCAGCUGGGUUGUUAGAUGCAGUAGCAUUGUGAUAGUGACAUGGUAUGUGUGAAUACGGUGGAUGAAUUAGCUGGUGGCAUCUCUUGUUUCUCAGUGUGUCUGCCAUUCAACAUGGAGGAACUGUUAGCAGAAGAGGAAUCUGUGUCUCUGAGUGAAUUGUGCUAACUAGGGAUAGAAGGUUUUGUCCAUUUCUUAAAUCUCUACCUUGGUGUGGAGACAGCAUGCAGAGUUCAUCUGUUGCUUUCCUGUGGGAUUCACUUUCUGUUCAUUGAUUUGUAUUCAAGCAAUGUAAGUGUCUCAAAAGUGCCCUGUAUAUUACAAAUCUGUUGUAUUUAAAAUAUAAAGAUGUAUGGUAAAAUUUACAAUAAAGGAAAAUUGUGGCAAAAGGU